AGGCGUCAAUGUAGAUGUCGAGUCAUUCGUACUCGAUAAGGAAAAGUGUGCGCAAGCGCAUCUUAGAGAUGACCAUCUGGCACCGAUCAAGCCCAUGUACGAUCUAUUUAUGGAAGCAAGGAAGCGAGGAAUCAAGGUUGCUGUGGCCAGUGGUGGCGGGGAUAAGGAUGUCAUCCACACACUCAAAACCAUCAACGUGUACGAGUUAUGCGACGCUGUGGUCACACGAGCCGAUGUCACGAAAGGCAAACCUGACGCGGAGACCUUCAAGAAAGCGGCCGAUCUCAUGGGCAUCGCACCGGAGAACUGUAUAGCCUUCGAAGACGGCGAGCUGGGUCUGCAAAGCAUAGAGGCGGCUCAAUUCAAAGUGGCGUACGAUGUUCGGUACUGGCAGGAUUACCCCUUACCCGAAUCUCUAAAGGCUAAGUUUGGUGGAUAGGUGAUGGAAGAAAACUACUUUUUAAGUGAGCGCAAUUAGUCUGUCAAGUGGGUGUGGCGGUGAAGGCCAACUCCCAUGCGCUGAUGACCAAGUUUGGUGAAUACUUCCUGGAACUUAACUAAUUAGUUAGUCUGUCAUCUGUCAAAUAGUUAUGCUGGGAAUCCCUAUAGGGAAACAAAUUCUUGGCCAACGUAAUUAGUUGUCCAGUAGUUUUAGCAUUGGAGGUAUACUGAAUCCCUAUAAGGAAACUAAUUCUUGGCCAACGUAAUUAGUUGUCCAGUAGUUUUAGCAUUGGAGGUAUACUGAAUUCCUAUAGGGAAACUAAUUAUUGGUCAAUGUAGUUAGUUGUCCAGUAGUUUUAGCAUUGGAGGUGUACUGUAGUGCCCAGAAAUUAGCAAGGUACAGUCCUGCAAGUAAUUGUAAAAGUAAAAAUAAAGGUAA